CCGCGGCCCAGGCUCCGCUCAAGUUUCCGCCCAGAAGGCGAGGCGACCGCGGGCCCCGAGCUCCAGACUCGCCCGCUCGCCCGCUAUGUGGGGCCGUUUCCUGGCCCCGGAGGCUAGCGGCCGGGACAGCCCCGGCGGGGCCCGCGGCUUCCCUGCGGGCUCGGAUUAUUCAUCAGCAUGGUUACCUGGUAAUGAAUCAUUAUGGCAGGCCACAGCUGUUCCAUCUAACCAUCGAAAUAACCAUAUCAGAAGACACAGUAUAACGUCUGAUAGUGGAGAUACUGGCAUUGGCACUUCCUGUUCUGACAGCGUGGAAGAUCAUUCAACCUCAAGUGGCACGUUAUCAUUUAAGCCUAGUCGAUCAUUGGUCACUCUUCCCACUGCCCAUGUGAUGCCAUCUAACUCCAGUGCGUCAGUUUUCAAACAUAGGGAAUCUCUAACAUCAGAUGGCUCUAAAUGGAGUACUAGCCUCAUGCAGUCACUGGGAGACCACAGCAAAGGGGAGCGGGACUCCUCCCUAGACAUGAAGGACUUCAGGCCCCUGCGGAAAUGGUCAUCUUUGUCCAAACUUACUGCCCCGGAUAACCGCACCCAGAGUGGCAUUGCAUUCAUGCAAGAGUUGAGGAAUGGCCUGGAGAAGACUGGGAAGGGCAAGGCUCUCACGUCGCACUUACGGACCUUUGGGCCUAGUUGCUUACAUGACAGUAUGGAGAUGCUUAAGUUGGAAGACAAGGAAGUAAAUAAAAAGCGGUCGUCAACGCUGGACUGCAAGUAUAAAUUUGAGAGCUGCAACAAAGAUGUCAGAGUCUCUUCCUCUGCUCUCAGGAGACAGACUUUAGACAUGACAUACAGUGCCUUACCUGAGAGCAAGCCCAUUGUGACAGGUUCAGAGGCUUUUGAGUCUCCAAAGUAUUUAAUGCUCGGCCAGCAGGCAGUAGGUGGAGUUCCCAUUCAACCUUCUGUGAGGACUCAGAUGUGGCUUACAGAGCAGUUACGGACAAACCCAUUGGAAGGCAGAACCACAGAGGAUUCUUACAGUUUAGCUCCUUGGCAACAGCCACAAACUGAAGAGUUUCAGCAAGGAAGUGAGACACCAAUGCAGGUUUUAACUGGAUCGUCUGGUCAGAGUUAUUCACCUCCUGGCUUCCAGGAUUUCAGUAAAUGGGAAUCAGUGCUGAAAAUAAAAGAAGGACUGCUGAGGCAGAAGGAAAUUGUAAUUGAUAGGCAGAAGCAACAAAUUAACCACCUACAUGAAAGGAUAAGGGAUAAUGAACUGCGGGCCCAGCAUGCUAUGCUAGGACAUUAUGUAAAUUGUGAAGACUCCUACAUGAGUAGUUUACAGCCUCAAUAUGAGAGCAAUUCAGGCCAGUCUCCAUUUACAGAGCAACCGUUGUCCCAUCCCCACCAGGAAGAACUUGAGCGAAAGCUAGCAUCUACUGAGAGAGAAGUUUUGCAGCUCAAUGAGUUUCUCAAACAAAGAAUAAGCCAAUUUAGUGAAGAAAAGAAGAAACUAGAAGAAAAGCUGAAAACCAGAGAUAGAUACAUCAGCAGCCUCAAAAAGAAAUGCCAGAAAGAAUCUGAGCAAAACAAAGAGAAGCAGAGACGAAUUGAGACCUUGGAAAAGUACCUGGCAGAUCUUCCAACUCUAGAUGAUGUACAGAGUCAGAGUCUACAGCUUCAAGUUCUUGAAGAAAAAAACAAGAAUUUGCAGGAGACUUUGAUAGACACAGAGAAGAAGCUUGAGGAGAUUAAGAAGCAAUGUCAAGAUAAAGAAGUACAGCUGCUGUGCCAGAAGAAGAAGGAAAAGGAGCUGGUAACUUCUGUUCAGAGCUUACAGCAAAAAGUAGAAAAAUGCCUUGAAGAUGGAAUCCGCCUUCCCAUGUUAGAUGCCAAACAACUUCAGAGUGAAAAUGAUAAUCUCAGAGAGCAGAAUGCUGCAGCCAGUAAGAUAAUAGAGAGCCAGCAGGAUGAAAUUAACAGGAUGAUUUUAGAAAUCCAGUCUAUGCAAGGGAAACUUUGUAAAGAGAAAUUGACUGCACGGAGCACUGUGGAAGAGUUAGGAAGGAAAGAAGGAAGCCUCCAGAGGUUGACAGAAGCGCUGCUUGAAAACCAAAGACAGAUGGGAGAGAAAUACUCUUUACUGGAUCAGGGCCAUGAAGCAGAGCAGUCCAGGCCACAGCCCAUUCAUUCUAAGUGGCCUCUCUUUGAUUUGACUGUGAUUGAUCAGCUGUUCAAGGAAAUGUCAAAUUGUUUGUUUGACUUGAAAGCAUUGUGUAGUAUUCUUAAUCAACGAGCUCAGGGCAAAGAGCCUAACCUCUCAUUGUUACUGGGAAUCCGAUCAAUGAACUGUUCAGCUGAAGAGACUGAAAAUGACCACAGCCCAGAAACGCUCACUAAAAAGCUCUCGGAUGUGUGCCAGUUACGGAGGGACAUCGAUGAAUUGAGGACUACAAUAUCAGACCGCUAUGCUCAGGACAUGGGAGACAACUGUGUUACCCAGUGAUCUAGUGUUGGUCCACAGCAACAAUGAUCCAUUGUGAAAUGCUGCUGUGUCGGACUCCUUUGUUUCUCUUUAGGAUGCACAAGGGAAAGAUGAAGCUCCUUGCUGUGCGUUUCAGCUUUGUCAUUGUUACAUAUGCUUUCUGGAGGAAGUUUUAAAGGGACUGAUCAAAUCAGGCAAACAAAUCACCUUACUAAAGUCUUCAAGAAAAAGCAAAAUAACCUGUAUUUCUAACUACUGAUUGUAGGACCAAGCUGUGAACAGGACCCUUCAGAUAAAGGUGUAGGACUUCUUUUAUACUCCUAUAAUUUUGUGUAUAUACAU